UCUCUCCGAACCCGGAUAUUUCUCCGCUGGAUUCAACCCUGCACUCUGUUCGGAGAAGGUUUGCUUCGAGUGUCAUAGAGUAUAAGGAGUAUCUGAGCUAAACCUUGAUGUAUACUCAUAAUACUGGAUUUACAGUUUUGGUCUGAUUGACUUGAAGUUGAACGUUCCGAGGGUGCCAAGGUUGCCGAGGGUGUUGAGAAAGGUAAGGAUCAAGAACAACGAGAUUAACGGGGACGAGAACAAGGAUGGGAUAAACUUCAGGUUGGAGACCCAGGAUAGUGUGAUGGGACGGAAGGAUGCGGAGCAAAGAAGAGCAUCCUUGUGGUCACAGCUGUACACGGAGAACGGUAGAGAGGACAUAAUGGAAGCUGAGAGUACGGGUAUUGGAAUAUGUGGAUGGAUUUUAACAUUGCUUUCUCUAGUUCUGGUUCUUGUCACGGUUCCAUUCUCUCUUUUCGUCUGCUUUAAGGUGGUACAGGAGUAUGAGAGAGCAGUAAUAUUCCGGUUGGGUCGACUACUACCUGGUGGAUCAAGAGGGCCAGGAAUUUUUUUCAUCCUUCCCUGCAUAGAAAACUAUUCUAAAGUGGAUCUCAGGACUUCAGUUAUAGAUAUACCACCACAGGAGGUUCUGACCAAAGACUCUGUAACUGUAUCUGUUGAUGCUGUGGUUUACUACCGUGUAUCUAAUGCUACAGUAUCUGUGGCUAAUGUUGAGAAUGCUCAUCAUUCUACCAGAUUACUCGCUCAGACCACGCUUAGGAAUAUCCUUGGAACAAAGAACCUGCAUGAGAUACUAAGCGACAGAGAGAGUAUAUCCAACUCUAUGCAGAGUGUACUAGAUGAUGCUACGACUGCCUGGGGAAUUAAAGUGGAAAGAGUUGAAAUUAAAGAUGCGAGGCUUCCAGUUCAGUUACAGCGAGCAAUGGCAGCAGAAGCUGAAGCAGCAAGGGAAGCUCGGGCAAAGGUAAUAGCUGCCGAGGGAGAACAGAAAGCUUCGAAAGCUUUACGAGAAGCUUCAUUAGUAAUGGCUGAAUCCUCAUCUGCUCUACAGCUUAGAUACCUUCAGGUUACCCACGACAAUGGAAACUUUAACGGACCUGGCUGGAACUCAUAAAAUGUAACAAUCUACUUUGAAAACAAAUAAACGGAUUUAAAGCUACAGGCUAAAUUUUGAAAAUCCAUGAACCUUCCCUUGGGGCAUGUCAGAGGUCCCACAAUUUGGGCUCGAUCAGCUCAGCCGUUUAGAAGUUUAUGGGAUACAAACUAAACGGACAAACAGACAGACAAGCAAAGUAUAUAUAUAGAUAUAUAAAUAUAUAAAUAAAGUCUCAUCAUCGUUUGUAGGUUACCCUGAAAGAUAACAGUAAAAAUAUGUUCCCAAAUGAAUACAGAAUAGAUUAAAAACAUAUAUGAAGUCACUGUAAAUUUUUUUUAU